AUGGCAAAUUCAUUUGGUUUCUUUCUGUUUCUGGUUUUGUUUUUUGCUGUUACAGUUUUACUUCACGCACAACAACAAACAGGUUUCAUAAGCAUUGAUUGUGGAAGUUCAGAGGAUUUAUACACAGAUGAUGUAACAAAAAUAAAAUACAGUUCAGAUGGAUCAUACAUACAAACAGGAGUUAACAGAAUUAUUUCUUCUGACUAUGCAUAUCCAGCCAAUCCAAAUCUACCAUUACCACUCUCAGAUCUCAGAAGUUUUCCUCAAGGAAAACGAAACUGUUACCAAUUAACCACCGGAAGAAAAGGAAGUUUAUAUUUAAUAAGAGCUUCUUUCUUGUAUGGAAACUACGACGGCGUAAACAAAUUACCAGAAUUUGAUCUCUUUGUUGGUGUAAAUUUCUGGUCAUCAGUGAAAUUUAAGAAUGCAUCAGACGAACUUACAUUGGAAAUAAUCAGCAUGGCACAAUCUGAAGAAAUAAACGUUUGUCUUGUGAAUAAAGGAAAGGGAAUUCCGUUUAUCUCAGGGUUGGAACUUAGACCGAUUAGUAAUUCUAUUUACAACACUGAGUUUGGAGAUUCUGCUUCACUUUUGCUUUUCAAAAGAUGGGAUGUUGGUUCAUUCAAUGGAAGUGGUAGAUAUGAAGAUGAUGUUUAUGAUAGAAUUUGGUUUCCUUUUAGUUCCUCUUCAUGGAAAUCUCUCAACAGUUCUGUAGUAGUUGAUGAUAAUGGAGAUGGAUAUAAAGUACCAUCUGAAGUUAUAAGAACCUGUUCUACACCAAAGAAUGAGAAUGAUUCCUUGGAAUUUUCUUGGACUUCAAAUGAUCCAAAUACGAAAUUUUAUGUCUACUUGUAUUUUGCUGAAGUGGAGAGACUUCAGAGAACUCAACUGAGAAAAUUCAGUGUUUCUUGGAAUGGUUCUCCUUUGAGUACAUCACUAGUACCAAAAUACUGGCAAGCAACCACUCUUUUUAAUUCAAAGUCGUUGGUCGCAGACGAACAUAGAAUUUCUAUACAGAGAACCGAAGAUUCGACGCUUCCACCUAUUCUUAAUGCAGUGGAGAUUUAUGUAGUUAGACAAUUGGAUGCACUUCCAACAUUUGAAGAAGAUGUUGAAGCUAUAAAGAGUGUAAGAGAAAGUUAUAGAGUUGAAAGAGAUUGGUUUGGUGAUCCAUGUGAGCCAAACAACUACACUUGGGAAGGCUUAAAAUGCAACUACAGCACUUCACUUCCUCCAAGAAUUGUAUCACUGAAUCUGAGCCAAAGCAGUCUGACUGGAAUCAUAACUCCAGCCAUCUCCAAUUUGACUUUCUUGGAAUCUUUGGACUUAUAUAACAAUAGCUUAACCGGAUCAAUACCUCAGGUUUUGGAAGAAUUGAAAUCCCUUAAAUAUUUGGAUUUAAGGGGAAACCAACUUUCAGGUUUUGUUUCUACCACUCUCCUAGAAAGAUCAAAGAAGGGAUUACUUACUUUGAGGGUGGAUGAUAAAAAUCUCUCUGGUUCAAGUAAGAAAAAGAAGGUAAUUGCUCCCAUUGUUGCACCAAUAACAUCAGUUAUAGUUCUGUUAGUCAUUGCCAUUCUCUAUUGGAAGCUUCGAAGAAGAAAUAAGCAAUCAGAGGAUGAGAUGAGUAUGAUCAACAAAAGUACAGGAACUGUAGUAUCAAAGAAGUUACAAUACAAUUAUUCUGAGGUGUUGUCCAUCACCCGCAACUUUGAAUUGGUCAUUGGGAGGGGAGGAUUUGGAAGUGUUUAUAGUGGUCAGAUGAAAGAUGGCAAUAAAGUUGCAGUCAAGAUGCUUUCUGCAUCUUCAGCUCAGGGACCAAAGGAAUUUCAAACUGAGGCUGAACUUUUGAUGACUGUUCAUCACAAAAAUUUGGUAUCCUUCAUUGGCUAUUGCGAUGAAGGUGACAAAAUGGCACUCAUAUAUGAGUACUUGGCUAAUGGCAACCUUAAAGAAAAUCUCUCAGAAAAAAGUUUACAUUGCUUGAGUUGGGAAAGGCGAAUUCAAAUAGCAAUUGAUGCUGCAGAGGGAUUGGAUUAUCUACACCAUGGAUGCAAGCCACCUAUAAUACACCGAGAUGUAAAAUCGGCUAACAUUCUUCUAAGUGAAGAUUUAGAAGCUAAGAUAGCAGAUUUUGGACUCUCUAAGGUGUUUAAGAAUAGUGAUAAUGGAAAUUCAGAAUCUGCAAUUAUUCAUGUUGAUGAUAAAAAUGAAAAAUCUACAAUCAUGGGAACAAUGGGGUACCUUGAUCCAGAGUACUACAAACUAGGGAACUUGAAUGAAAAAAGUGACAUCUAUAGCUAUGGAAUUGUACUAUUAGAAUUGAUCACAGGUCUCCCUGCUGUGAUUAAAGGAAAGCCAUCAAUUCACAUACUUGAGUUUGUAAGACCUCAUCUUGAAAAAAGUGAUUUAAGCAAAAUUAUAGAUCCAAGACUCCAAGGAAAAUUUGAUGAAGAUUCAUGCCAGAAAGUUUUAGGAUUAGCAAUUUCUUGCACUGCAUCAACCUCAAUUCAAAGACCAACAAUGAAUGUCGUGUUAUCUGAGCUUAAACAGCGUGUUAAAAUAGAGUUUCCUAGUGAUAGGGAAAUAUUUGAGGCUUCAAGACAUAUGUAUAGUGAAUAUUAUAGUUCAUCUGAUGCUUUUAAUUCCAUGGAGGGUGAAUCUAUGACACAUCCUUUCCCAAGGUAA